AUGGACUCAGAUACAAGCCGCGUAUCGAGCAGACCGUCCUCCCCGGAGGUGGACGACAUCUUCAUGUCCACCCUGAAGAAGUCCGUGCACGGCUUCUCCGGCGCCGUGUCCUCCACCCAGAGCGACUCUCCAUCAGAGAUCCCCGGCCUGCGCGGCCUCUCCGCCGCCGACGAGGAGGCGCUUGCCCUGCGGAUGGCGUCCAAGAAAGACCGCAAGCUGCUGUCGGAGAGCGAGCUGCAAUCGAUCCGCCUCAAGAUCAACAGCCGCGAGAGGAAACGGAUGCACGACCUCAACGUGGCCAUGGACGGGCUGCGGGAGGUCAUGCCCUACGCGCACGGACCGUCGGUGCGCAAACUCUCCAAAAUCGCCACCCUCCUGCUGGCCAGAAACUACAUCCUGAUGCUGAGCAACUCUCUGGAGGAGAUGAAGCGGCUGGUGAGCGAGAUCUACGGCAGCAGCGGGCACCACGGUGGCUUCCACCCGUCGGCCUGUGGGACUAUGACACACGCGGGGCCCGUGCCGGGACACCCGGCGGCUUCCCACGCGUCACACCCGGCGGUGCACCAUCCGCUGCUCCCGCCGGCCGCCGUGUCCACCGCGUCUCUGUCCGCGCCUGGUAUCUCCGCCGUCACCUCGGUCAGACCCCACCACGGACUUCUGAAAGCGCCCACUGCCGGUGCGGGGCCUCUGGGCAGCAGCUUCCAGCACUGGGGCGUUGGCACCGGCAUGCCCUGUCCGUGCAGCAUGUGCCAAGUCCCGCCUCCGCAUGUGUCCAGCAUGAGCUCUGUGAGCAUGCCGAGGCUGGCCAACGACUCCAAAUGA